UUUGCAUCCCCUGCUAUAAGUAAACCAAUAACGCAAACACUUAUCUCCCAUUCAGCUCUUGGCUUUUGGCUUUUGCCAUUGCAAUUCUUACACUUGCGCAGGCAAAUAUGGCGAAGCGGCAAAAGCAUGAUGAGCUGCUUCUGCUACUAUUAUCACUCUCCUUGCUCUCCUUCUGCUUUCGUUCUUCGCUUUCGGAGAUCAUUUUCGAGGAGCGCUUCGACGACGACGGAUGGCGAAGCCGUUGGGUGAAAUCCGACUGGAAAAGCAGUGAAGGUAAAGCAGGUUCCUUUAAACACACAGCCGGAAGGUGGGCCGGUGACCACGAUGAUAAAGGAAUUCAGACAUCGAAUGAUGCCAAGCAUUUUGCCAUAUCUGCAAAGAUACCGGAGUUCAGCAAUCGGAACAGGACGUUGGUCCUCCAAUACUCGAUCAAGUUUGAGCAGGAAAUUGAAUGUGGCGGCGGUUACAUAAAGCUUAUGUCUGGAUUUGUUAAUCAGAAGAAAUUUGGCGGGGACACUCCGUACAGUUUAAUGUUUGGCCCCGAUAUAUGUGGCACAGACACAAAGAAGCUCCAUGUCAUACUCUCCUACCAAGGCCAGAAUUACCCCAUCAAGAAGGCCUUAGAGUGUGAAACUGACAAGUUGACUCAUUUCUACACGUUCAUUCUUCGACCAGAUGCAACUUAUAGUGUCCUAAUAGACAACCGAGAAAAGGAUUCUGGAAGCAUGUACACAGAUUGGGAUAUUCUUCCUCCAAGAAAGAUAAAAGAUGUUACUGCAAAGAAGCCAGCAGACUGGGAUCUUAGAGAAUACAUUGAUGAUCCUAAUCACAUCAAACCUGAGGGAUAUGAUUCAAUUCCGAGAGAAAUUCCAGAUCCAAAAGCAAAAGAGCCCGAAGACUGGGAUGAUGAAGAGAACGGUCUGUGGAAAGCUCCAAAGAUACCAAAUCCAGCUUACAAAGGACCAUGGAGACCCAAGAAAAUCAAGAACCCUAAUUACAAAGGGAAAUGGAAGAUUCCUUGGAUUGAUAAUCCAGAGUUUGAAGAUGAUCCUGAUCUCUACGUGCUUAAGCCAAUUAAGUAUGUUGGUAUCGAAGUUUGGCAGGUAAAGGCUGGUUCAGUUUUCGACAACGUUUUAAUUUGUGAUGAUCCCGAUUAUGCAAAACAAGUGGUCGAGGAAGUUUUCUCCAAUAGAGAGGUCGAAAAGGAUGCCCUUGAAGAAGCAGAAAAAAGGAGAAAAGCACAAGAGGAAGAGGAAGCUCAAAGAGCAAGAGAAGAGGGCGAAAGGAGGAGAAGAGAUAGGGAUCGAGGUCACCGGGAUAGACAUAGAGACAGAUACCGAAGGCACCGUCACUGGGAUGACUAUGAUCAUGACGAGCUAUGAUUGGAUUUCCUCCACCCACCGCCCAUCUUCCUCGCGGUUUCGUUUUGAAGAGAUUGAUAGUCACUUUUUUUCUGCCUUCGUUUCCGAGAAAUGCAGUCACUUUUCCUUCAUGUUUUAAAAUGUCCUUGGCCGUGUAACUUUAUUUCUGAAUGUAUUCUGUAUAAUGUAUUUAUCAUAAAGUUAGCUUCCGCAUGUAAUUGUUUAUAAUAAAAAACAAGUCCACAUGUUAUAAUUUGAGCAGGACGGACGGUAUUGUGACGUGCCUCUACUCUUUUGUUC